AUGCGUGAAGUUAUAUCGUGUCAUACCGGACAAGCGGGAGUUCAAAUCGGAAAUGCGUGUUGGGAACUUUAUUGUUUGGAGCACGGAAUACAACCCGAUGGUCAAAUGCCAUCGGAUAAAACUGUUGGAGGGGGAGACGACAGUUUCAACACAUUUUUCAGUGAGACAGGAGCUGGUAAGCACGUACCCAGAGCUGUUUUUGUUGAUCUUGAACCGACAGUAGUCGACGAAGUGAGAACAGGAACUUAUAGACAACUUUUUCAUCCCGAGCAGUUGAUUACGGGUAAAGAAGAUGCGGCUAAUAAUUACGCCCGUGGACAUUAUACAAUCGGUAAAGAAAUGGUGGAUUUAGUUCUCGAUAGGAUAAGAAAAUUGGCGGAUCAGUGUACUGGAUUACAAGGUUUUUUAAUUUUCCAUUCGUUCGGGGGAGGAACCGGGUCCGGAUUCGUAUCGUUAUUAAUGGAAAGAUUAUCCGUCGACUAUGGCAAAAAGAGUAAACUUGAAUUUGCCAUUUAUCCAGCUCCGCAAAUUUGCACAGCCGUCGUCGAACCCUACAAUUCAAUUUUGUGCACUCACACCACUUUGGAACACUCCGAUUGUGGAUUCAUGGUUGACAAUGAGGCCGUGUACGACGUGUGCCGGAGAAAUUUAGACAUCGAAAGGCCGACUUACACGAAUUUAAACAGACUUUUGGGACAAAUAGUUUCAUCCAUAACGGCAUCCCUGAGGUUCGACGGAGCUUUGAACGUCGAUCUAACGGAAUUUCAAACCAAUUUGGUACCCUACCCGCGAAUUCACUUCCCUCUGGCGACCUACGCUCCCGUCAUAUCAGCCGAAAAAGCCUACCACGAACAACUUUCGGUCGCGGAAAUCACAAACGCGUGUUUCGAACCCGCGAAUCAAAUGGUCAAAUGCGAUCCGAGACACGGUAAAUACAUGGCUUGCUGUUUGUUGUACCGGGGUGACGUCGUUCCCAAAGACGUCAACUCGUCCAUCGCGACCAUCAAAACGAAAAGAACGAUACAGUUCGUCGACUGGUGUCCGACCGGGUUCAAAGUAGGAAUUAAUUACCAACCUCCGACCGUCGUUCCCGGAGGUGAUUUAGCCAAAGUUCAAAGAGCCAUUUGCAUGAUGUCGAACACGACGGCCAUUGCCGAAGCCUGGUCGAGAUUAAAUCACAAAUUCGAUCUCAUGUAUUCGAAAAGAGCUUUCGUUCAUUGGUACGUCGGAGAGGGAAUGGAAGAAGGUGAAUUUUCCGAAGCGAGAGAAGAUUUGGCUGCACUCGAAAAAGAUUACGAAGAAGUCGGCAUGGAUUCCGUCGAGGGAGAAGGAGAAGGCGGCGAAGAAAUGUAA